AUGGCCGCCCAACAAGCCAUAAGGGAGACGGAGGAGCUAAAUGAUAAACACAUAGUAGAGAAAAGGGUGGAAACAAUUGAGCACCGAUCAUCUCCAGGCCAACCCCAAGAGGUGAGGAGGGUGGAGGUGGUCCACCAGCCACAGCCAAGUAAAAAUGCAAACACCACCGGCAAACUCUUGGAGAAUGCUGCAGCUUCUGUGGUAUCCACCCUUGAUUCCGCCAAACAAGUACUCUCCGGGAAAUGA